AUGCCAUCACAACCUCUUGGCCUCGGUGGGCUGAACGCUUCGAGUAUCGUCUUCGGCGCACAGGCUUGCUUCCUGCUCGGAAAUGCCGUGUACACGAUUUCAUCCCCUGCCGCCGCCGCCAGCCUGCCCGGAUCACCCAUGAGUGGGAUUCCUGAACACAUGGUCCAAGCCAUGGGUAUCACCUCCUUGUCCACUGGUACCUUCUUUGCAAUUGCGACGUACCAGCGGAAUUUACCCGUUAUGUUGGCAUCCCUGCCUGGUCGCCUUUUCGCGGCUGUCAUAUUCCAUCGUAAUGGUGGUGGUUGGAGUCAGGUUGCUAUUUUUGAGACUGCCAUGGCGGCAGUAAUGGGUGCCGCUCUCCUUUGGGAUUACUAUCUUUGA